UCCUAAAUGCGAAAUGCCUUAUUGUAGUGCUCCAUGCUUCAAGCUUCACAAUUGCAAACCUAUUCUAAAGAAACCAUAAAUAUAAGAUUAAGAACCAUUUAAAAGUGACUAUAUUGAUGAAGAAUAUAAAUUAUCUAAAGAGAAAUUAGAAAUACUCAGUAUAUAAUAUAAACCUAUAAUCAAUAGAAAGAAGUACAAAAAUCAGAAAAUUUGUUUCUAACAAGCGUCUUUAAAAAUUACUGAUUCAUAUUGACAACAGCAAGUACAGAUUUAAAGAAUUAAACACUUGCAUGUAAAAUGAUAAAGACUUUGAGGAUUUUUGUACUUUAAUGUUAUCUGAAAUGGGACAUAUUGAUGAGAAUGGGCAAUUUAAAUGAUCAGCCAUAAAAUAUAUUAUUAUAAAAAAAACUCAUAUUAUUUUAUCAC